GUUUGUACGGGAGCCCCGCUGGCAUUUCUUCACCAGAGCUGGUGAACGUCUUGAGACGAGAACCUCCAGAUCGAGACAAAGCAGGGCGGUGAAACUCAACAGGUUUUAGCUGGCCUGUGAUCGGAGGAGAUGGGAUGCUUGUCUUCAGUGAUCCUCUUUCUUCUAGCACAUUUCAAUGGUGUGUGUGGGCAGCAGGCGUUUAAGACAGAGCCACGUAAUAUGACGGUCAGGGCGGGGGCCACAGCUCUGCUGAAGUGUGAAGUGCUGAGGGCCUCGGGGGCCGUGCAGUGGGUUAAAGAUGGGCUGCUCCUGGGACCUCAGAGAACUCUGCCCGGCUAUCCACGCUACAGUAUGACAGGAGACCAGCAGAAAGGACAGUACCAUCUACAGAUUCUCAACAUAACUUUGGAGGAUGACGGCCCCUACGAGUGCCAGGUGGGCCGGUCCGUGAGCAGCCGUGCCAUCGUGUCUCGCUUGGUUUGGCUCAACGUGCAGAUCCCACCCUCACAACCCUACAUCCAGCUGGAGUCUGAUGAGCCGUGGGUGGAGGGAGAGGAAUACACGGUGACCUGCGUCGCUCCGGAUGCCAAACCUCAGGCAGAUAUCAUGAUGUUCAAAGACGGAGAGGAGCUGAUGGAAACCGAUUCUUAUACCAUGUCAGGCUCGCAGGAUAAGCUUCUGAACACAAACACAGAAGUCACCAUCAGGGCGAAGAGCUCAGACAAUGGGCGGCAGUUGACGUGCCGAGCGAAGAACCUAGUUCUCCCUCGAUCUCUUGAGGCCAGCAUCACCAUGAGGGUUUACUUCCCCCCGCAGCCUCCAGUGAUAGUGGGGUUAGAACAUCCCGAGGUAAAAGCCGGCACUCUUCUACGUUUGGUGUGCACGUCUUUUGGUGGAAACCCUUUGGCCACUUUGCAUUGGACUAAGAAUGGAGAGGUUCUGUCCACUAGUUGGGAGGAAGACACCAACUCACGUAGGGCCAGUAGCAUAUUAAGAAUGGAGGUGAAGCCAGAGGACAACCACUCAGAUCUACAAUGUGAAAGUGUCAAUCUAGUGUCCCGCUCACCAAUGUCCCUAACACGCACCCUUACUGUUCUUUUUGAACCCGCUGUGGUUACGCUACUGGGCUCUUUCGAAGCUUUGGAGGGAGAGGAGAUCAAUUUGAGCUGUUCCACUUCCUCCAGUAAUCCGCCGGUCCAGAUUCGCUGGUGGCUCGGGUCCAAAGAGCUAAACCGAACCGUUGAUACUAUCUCUGAGGGAGAUAAUGGUGGUAUGAUGACGUUAUCUAACCUGACGUAUAAAGUGUCACGUGAGGACAACGGUCUUUCCCUGACGUGUGAGGCGUUUAAUAAAGGCACCCGCUUCUCCAACAUUCAAUCGGAGCAGCUUACCGUUUACUAUCCUCCACAGAAGGUUUGGAUAGAUGCUCCUCCAUCGGACCAAUUCUCGCACUCUGGGACACCUGUUCGGUUAAUUUGCUUUUCUACUGGUGGGAAUCCAACAGGACAGCUGGUGUGGUUGAAGAAUGGUAAGGUAGUGCAAAGCGCAUCAAAGCAGGUAUCAUCGGAGCGCGGUGUGUCUCGAGAGCUUCCCCUCAUCCUUCAGCCCAGCGACAAUCUGGCCACCUACCGAUGCGACUCAUCCAACAAGGCCAAGAAAGUUAUCUCUGCCCAGACCAAACUUAGGGUUUUGUUUCCAGCUAUAAGUGUGAAGAUCAAGGCCAAACAAGAAGAAUUACGGCGGGGUGAGACGCUGAAUUUGGAGUGUCUGGCUGGGAGCAGCAACCCCAGCACAAAUAUCAGCUGGAGCCUUGGCCCUAUCAAACUUAAGGGAGUUGAACAGCCUCCUAAAAAGGCAGAGUUCGGUGGGAUGUCCCGGACCAGCAUGCUGUCCCUUGUCCUCGGCUCCCAUCACAACGGCAAACGGGUCACCUGUCAAGCAUUCAGUAAUGUGCUUUCUGAGGGGGUCAACAACUUCUACUCUCUAAAUGUGCUCUUUCCUCCCGAGUUCUCAGACGAACAACCCAAUAUGAUCCAGGUGGUUGAAGACGAAACCGCCACACUUCCUGUCAAAGUCUCGGCCAAUCCGGACACGAUCACCUGCGAGUGGACUUUUCAGGGAGAGACGCUUGUGAAAGAAAGAGAUCCUCGGUAUCGCUUUGACGACUGGUCUUUGGAAAUCGUGAACGUGUCGCGGCGAGACGGAGGCGAUUACAUCAUAGAGUGUUGCAACUCGGAGGGGAAAUACCGCACCAAACUCAAACUGGAUGUACAGUAUGCCCCGACUGUUCAUAUGAAGACUGAUCCCGUAUCGGUUAACUUGGGAGAAACUGCUGACUUACUCUGUGUCGCCGAUGCCAAUCCCAUCACCUUUGAUAUGUUUUCGUGGAAGUGGAUGGGUGAAGAGGAAAUAGAAGAUCUAGGCGAGCAGAGUGAAGAUGAAGGAACUGGCGUGUUAACCAUAUACGAGGUGACGCGUGACAGGGCGGGAUUUUACAGGUGCACAGCAGACAAUGGUAUAGCGCCCCCUGGCAGCGUGGAGGGACAUCUCAUUGUGCGCUUUUCUCCAGAGCUCCAGAAGGGUCUGCAGUGGAGAAAAGUGGCCAGCAGGGGGGACGGCACCAAUGAUGCCAAUGUGGUGUGCCAAGCGGAGGGCGUUCCUCGUGUACACUUCACCUGGGCAAAAGACGGAUUCCUUUUGGACCUCGGUAACCCCAGGUAUGAAGAAAAGAUGACAAAGGAAGGUGCCAUCCACACAAGCAUUCUGACCAUUAAAAAUGUGAGCGCAUCGCUGGAUUACGCCGUCUUCACCUGCACUGCCCACAACAGCAUGGGACAAGAUUUUUUGGACAUCCAGCUUCUUAGCACCAACCACCCCGAUCCUCCGUCAGAUCUGAAACUUCUGCGUGUCAGCCAUGACUCUGUAACUCUGGAAUGGAUGCCCGGGUUUGACGGAGGCUUGACACAGAACUUCCGUGUCAGGUACCUGUGGGCGGGAUCCGUCAGCUACAUGUAUGUGGAUGUUUAUCCUCCAACGGCAACUGUUUAUACAGUCACGGGCCUCAAACCUUCCACGACGUACAACUUCUCGGUCAACGCUCUCAAUGCUAUGGGAGAGAGCAGCUAUGCAGAUAACAACAGACUACUGACCGUCAGCACCUCUGAGGUGGAGAUAGCUGAUGGUGUCUCGCCAGCAGACCAGGACUCGACUCCUGCAGGCCCCAGUGUUCCUACAUACGUUGUGGUCAUACUUGUAGUGGGCGGAGUCCUGUGUAUGGUAAACGCGUUUGGCUGCUUCCUAUUCAGGCGCAGAAGAGGGCGGAGCCUGACAGCGGACACCAAGAGCAUUUCACAGGACACCAAAAACGACGAGGAGAGGUCCACGGCGAGCGGCUCAACACGCUAUGCGAGCAGAGAGCUUAUCAACUCCACGGCACGGCGGACGCUCCUCGUCGACAGCGGCUCAGAGCCUGACAGCAGCGUCUACGAGAGCUUUGGACGGGAGGGUUCACAUUAUUACUACCCCACCGAGGCCUACAGCCCUGUCCUUUACUCUCAUGCUGAAGGCCCGGAGUAUCAAGAAGGCAGACACAACACAAGCCCUGUCGCUCAUGAAUAUGAGGAGGUGAGAGGAUGGGGGCUAUAUGAGGAGCUGCAGGGUUACUCGUCGCUGCCCCCUCCUGUCCGCACUGAUCAAGCAGCACCUCCCUCCAGUUACUAUGAGGGUCGCGUGUAUGGCAAAUCUGAUCUGGAGGUUACAGCCGGCGUUUAUGAUUCUAUGGUGUAUAGACGUAAAAGAGACUCAAACUUGCCGUUUGAACUCAGGGGUGAGCUUGUUUAGUUUAGUUUAGUUUAGUGAUGCUGAUAUGAGCUCCUUUUUUGGCCAAAUUGAUCUAUAAGUUUAUGAUUCUGUUGGUUAAAGAAACUUCGUUCUCUUAUUACAUUUCAAAUUGUCCAUUAAAGUUUAAUUAAUAUUAUGUUCAAUUUAAAUAAAUGGCAAGUGUUAUUAA